AUGAGAUCGUAUAGUGCAAACAACAAUGGUCCAGACAAAUGGGGAAGUCUCAGCCCUGCUUAUGUCAAAUGUCGAACUGGAAAUACACAGUCCCCGGUAAACAUUGUCGUCGAUCAAGUAGUUAUCAACAAGAACUUGCCGCCUUUGUCAACCAAGUACUUCCCCUUCAACAACGCUACUCUUAUCAACCAUAAAUACAUUAUUGAGCUGCGUUUAGGAGAGGCAUGGAAGUUCAAUCUGAAUGGCAAAGAAUACAUUUUGUCACAAUUACACUGGCAUACACCUUCCGAACACAAGAUCAAUGGUCGUAGAUACGCUGCCGAGUGUCAUAUGGUCCAUUUAGCUGCCGACGGAAGUAAGGCAGUUAUUGGAAUCUUAUACAACAUUGGAAAUGCCGACCCCUCCUUUCUACGCUCUGAGGGAAGCAAGGCAGUUAUUGGAAUCUUGUACAAAAUUGGAAAGGCGACCCUACUCUCUAUGGUAUAG